AUGGAAUCUCAACAUAUUCCAAAAUGGAAAAAAUUUUUAGUUUUAAAAGAAGAUUCUAAUAAGGAUGAUAAGAAUAAGGAUAAUAAAAAAAUAAAACUUGAAUAUGAAUCUAAGAUAAAAAAAAUUCCUGAAGAAUUGUCAUCAAAUGGAAAAUUAGUGGAAAUAUCAUACAAAAGAUUGGAAAUUUCAAAAGAUACGACAAAUAUGUUUCCUGAUGAAUUAUUUGAAAUAUUUUUGGAUUAUUUGAUUGAUUUGAAAGGAUUAGCUCGUGAA